GGCCCGCGGUCCGGCGGUGCCCAUUGUGUGGCGCCCCGCCCGCGGCCCCGGCGGCCGCCCGGCCCGCCCGGCGCAUGUGGCGCGGUGGGGGUGGCCAUGUUGGUUCCCGCCGCCGCGGCGAGCCGGGCAGCGAGGGGCGGCUCCUCCGGCAGCGAGGAAGGGCCGCAUUCCCGACACGCUGUGCCCCGGAGGCCCCGGGGAGAGGCACCGCGGUGAGGGGGCGCGGGGUCGGUAAGUCACAGAUGCGCUGCUGCGGCAGUCGCGGCCACAGCGCGGCUGGCGAGACUCGGCAAACGAAAUCGUCUUUUCCAGGUGAUAAAUUAUGUUCAUGGUAUUAUGCUCGGUCUUACAAACGUAGCCCCAGCCUGCACUUCCAUAAUGAGCUGGAGCAGCUGGAAGUGAUCCAAGAAACCACUCCCAACCCCCAACCUGCAGAGGAGGAGAAAACCGAGCCAGCACCUAGUCAGGAGGUUGCCAGCCCUGAACAGUAUAUUAAACAUCCACUACAAAACAGAUGGGCACUCUGGUUUUUUAAAAAUGACAAGAGCAAAACUUGGCAAGCAAAUCUUCGUCUUAUCUCAAAGUUUGAUACUGUUGAAGAUUUUUGGGCUUUAUACAACCAUAUCCAGCUCUCUAGUAAUUUAAUGCCUGGUUGUGACUACUCACUCUUUAAGGAUGGGAUUGAACCCAUGUGGGAAGAUGAAAAAAACAAGCGAGGAGGCCGAUGGCUAAUUACACUAAACAAACAGCAGAGACGAAGUGACCUUGAUCGCUUCUGGCUAGAGACACUGCUGUGCCUUAUUGGGGAGUCAUUCGAUGACUACAGUGAUGAUGUGUGUGGUGCUGUUGUUAAUGUUAGAACUAAGGGUGAUAAAAUAGCAAUAUGGACAACUGAAUGUGAAAACAGGGAUGCUGUUACGCAUAUAGGGAGAGUAUACAAGGAAAGAUUAGGACUUCCUCCAAAGAUAGUGAUUGGUUAUCAGUCCCAUGCAGACACAGCUACUAAGAGCGGCUCCACCACUAAAAAUAGGUUUGUUGUUUAAGACGACACCUUCUGAGUAUUCUUUCAUAGGAGACUGCGUCAAGCAAUCGAGAUUGGGAGCUGAACCAAAGCCUCUUCAAAAGCAGAGUGGACUACAUUUAAAUUUGAUUUCCAUCUAAAUGUUGCUAAGAUUUGUGAGAAGUCUCAUUCGCCUUUGUCUUGUACUUCUGUGUUCAAUUUUUCUAUUUUGGCUGAAGUAACCAUUACCAAUUGGAAUUUUAGUACACUUCACCCCCCCGCCCCAAAAUCCAUAAGUGUGUUUCUGGCCCACUCUGGAAUAGCUUGGUAGAAACAUUACUAUUGCAAAAAAAUAAUUUGUUUAUCCACAGUAUUCAGAAAAAAAAGUUGCAUUUCUGUACCUGCAGGAAAUUACUCAGUUUUACAUUUGCAUUGUAUGCAGUAAGGUUUUGCUGGUUUGGAAAAGGAGUAUGGUGCAUACAGUUUUCUAGCAAUUUUUUUUAUACAGCAUCAUCUUUGCUGUAACCUCUGCUGAUGGCUGCUAGAUUAAUUUAUUUGUUUUCCCUAUUUGAUAACAUUAGUGAUAUUUUGAUUUCAGUUGUUUUUGCUCAUGUAACAUUUGGUGAAGAAUCUGGGAAUAUGACAAAGGUGGAAUAAACAUGAAUUUUGUGCAUUCUUUGGUAAUUUUUUGUUUUUUUGUAACAUCAAAGCUUUGCUACAGAUUUAUGCAUUUCAGUCAAAUCAGUGAUCUUUUUGUGUGAUUUCCUGAACAUAAAUGUGGAUUUUUUUUUUAAUGUAACACAAUAAUUUACAUUCCUUACUAGAAAUAGUAUGUCUGUUUUUGUAUCUUAUGCUGUAUUUUAACACUUUGUAUUACUUAGGUUAUUUUGCUUUGGUUAAAAUGGCUCAAGUAGAAAAGCGGUCCCAUUCAUACUAAGACAGUGUACAAAACUGUAAAUAAAAUGUGUACAGUGAAUUGUC